AUGGCAGAACUCCUUCAAUAUACCCAGGAAUGGCACCAACAACAACAGGAUAUUCACCCCAGUGACUACAUCGAGGAGACUGCCGAACAUAAUGAGAUUGCCGAACUCUCCUCAAGCUUAUUGGCACUCUUUAAAGAAGUCGUCCUCGUAUUAUCGAGGCAAACAGGGAUCCCUAGAGAUGCUCGGAUAAGCAUUGAACGCAGCUGCAGUGCUCUGAUUCUGUGGUCAGAUGGCUUUGGAAUCACCCAGGGCCGUCUGAAUGACACGUUCAACAAGUCACGCAAACUCCGUUAUACAGCUCUCAAGAAUUUAGUGCAUAUUGGACGUGUGCUUAUCGAACGCUUAGUACCUGCGGUGGAUAUAUCAUCAGAAAAAUUACAAGCACUGUGUUCCAGUGCCGAGUUAAAUAUUGAAGCAGCAGCGGGUCUCGUAACUGAAGAAUCCUGCCGACAAAGUGAUGAUUCUUCCAGUGAUGCAGCCUCUAAUUUCUCAGACGAUGAUAUUUAUGAGAUUGCAGAGGACCUCAAGACCGAUACUCUCGUCCUAUCUGGUCUGGAUCCUUUGCUGAAGUACCCAAUAUUCGACGCUCAGCAUGAACAUAUCAUCGAAAGCCAUGCUCUCUCUACCUGGGGUCCGGAGAAGAGCUAUUCCGAUAAAAUUGGGAACAGAUUCCCUCGCGCAGAUGUUUCCCUUACACUAUAUCUCGGUAGAGCUAACUAUGAACGCUUUCUGCGGUGCCAAGAAGCAAGAGAAUAUCAGGAGGAAGAAGAGCCCCUGCCUAUGGUCAAUCAAGAAGCGGGAACCCAUGCAGGGACAAUAAUCGCCAACACUAAAUUCCAUGAUUCCGGUGUCGGUACAUCCAUAGGAUUGACUAUGUCUUACGCAGAAACCACAAUGAGUUACAAUCACGACGGCCAGUCCGUACGCAUUCCACCACUCCCGAAAGAAGCCAAGGCAGGCUCGCCUUUUACUUGCAUUGCCUGUGGCCGUACGGUAAUCAUCACCAACAACUCCGCAUGGAAACAGCAUAUAUACCUUGAUCUUCAACCUUACAUGUGCUUAGAUCUAUCAUGCCCCUAUAGCAGCAGUACCUUUGAAAGUCGCGAUAAGUGGAUUUCUCACUUGGCGCUAGACCACGAGAUGGAGCCCAAAUGGGCAUCUGCCGAGUGUCCUCUUUGCAGAGAAGAAACAGGCAAUGGAAAGAUUGCUAUUACGAAGCAUCUUUCUAAACAUCUAGAAGAGGUUUCUCUAUCAGCUCUACCCGUUGAAGUCGACUCGGACGCAGAGUCCGAGAAUAGCCCCGAGUCCAGCGAUGCCGGUUCCUCUCUCAAUGAGGGAGUUUUUGGUGGAGCCUUUGGUGGCAUUGAUGAGAAUGGAGAGACACUUUCUGUUGAAUUUGAAACAGAGUUGGCCUCCAAGGUCUUUUCCAAUCUAGUGGACAAACUCAAGGCCGAAAGGAAUCACAAUGCCCAAUCUGAGGCAAAAGGAGGGGCGUUGCAAAAGGCUGCUGAUAUUCUGGCUGCUUCAGAGGCAGAAAAUAUGGCUGCACAAUUGAAGAGGACUCAAGAGAAUAUUGAAGAAAUGUUCAGGAAAAAAGAAGGGACUUCUAAAAUGGCAAAACUAUUAUCUCCGAUCAAGUUUACAGAUGCCGUUGGUCGAAGGUUUAACUUUCCCGUUCAUUUAUGCUAUACUUGGCAGGUAGGUUCUCUUGCCCCCCACCCCCAACAUUCUGCAAUCAUCUCUCAAGUAUAA